AUGUCGAAAUUCAAAAACGAUACCGUCCAGGCCGAUGCGCGGCGCUUCCUCGACGACCGCGGCUCCUCCGCCGCCCUGGCGCCAAACGGUCUCAAUCCCGCGACAAUCAUGGAAAAGGCCGUCAAGGACCGCAUUGUCGACUCGUACUUUUACAAGGAGCAGUGCUUCGCCCUCAACGAAGCCGACAUUAUCGACCGCGUCGUGGAGCACGUCAAUUUCAUCGGAGGAACGCACGGCGCCUCGCAGAAACCGAGCCCUUUCCUGUGUCUGGCGUUCAAGCUGCUCGAGCUUGCCCCCAGCGAUGCGAUUCUGAACGAGUACCUGUCUUAUGGGGGGGAGCACUUCAAGUACUUGCGUGCGCUGGCGUGCUUCUACGUGCGGUUGACGAGGCAGCCAAAGGACGUAUACCAAACGCUGGAGCCGUUUCUGGAGGAUCGACGGAAAUUGAGGCGCAGGGCGAGGGCGGGCACGUCGCUUACUUUUGUGGAUGAGUUUGUGGAUGACUUGCUCACAAAGGAUCGAGUGUGUGCGACGAGUCUGUGGAAGAUGCCGAAGAGAGAAACGUUGGAAGAUUUGGAAAUCCUGGAACCCAGGGUUAGCCCGUUGGGAGACCUUGAAGAUUUGCUGGAAGAGGACGAGAAUGAGAAUGACGACGAGAGAGCAAAUGGGGAGAGGGAGGAAUCUGGUGAAAUAUCAGAUGGGGAGAUGGAAGUUGACAGGGAUGACGACCGGAGAAGCCGUAGCAGAUCGCCUUGA